AACAACAUGAAGCCUACAAAUCUCACAGAUGUUUCAGAAUUCCUCCUCCUGGGACUGAUAGAGGAUCCAGAGCUGCAGCCCAUCCUCUUCGGGCUGUUCCUGUCCAUGUACAUGGUCACCAUCCUGGGGAACCUGCUCAUCAUCCUGGCUGUCAGCUCUGACCCCCACCUCCACACCCCCAUGUACUUCUUCCUGUCCCACCUGUCCUUUACCGACAUCUGCAUAAGCACAACCAACAUCCCUAAGAUGCGGGUGAACAUCAAAAUACACAAUCAGCACAUCAGUUACACAGGAUGCCUUUUGCAGAUGGGCUUAGUCACUGGUUUUGGUGAAUUUGAAAGUUGUCUCCUUGCAGCAAUGGCCUAUGACAAUUACGUGGCCAUCUGUCACCCCCUGAUGUACACAGUCAUCAUGAACCCCCAUCUCUGUGUUCUGCUCAUUCUGCUCUCUCUGCUCAUUGGCAUGGGGAAUGCGCUGCUCCACAGUCUGAUGGUGCUGAGGCUGUCUUUCUGCACAAACAGGGAAAUCCCCCACUUCUUCUCUGAACUUGCUCAGGUCAUCAAGCUGGCCUGCUCUGAUACCCUCAUCAAUAAUAUCCUAAUAUAUUUCGUGGCUUCCCUCGUUGGGGGUGUUCCUGUACCUGGAGUCAUUUUCUCUUAUACUCGAAUUCUCUCUUCUAUUUUGAGAAUGCCCCCAGUGGAGGGAAAGCUUAAAGCCUUUUCCACCUACGGAUCUUACUUGUCAGUUGUCUCCUUGUUCUAUGGGACUGCUUUGGGGGUGUACAUUAGUUCUGCAGUUACUGACUCUUCCAGGAAGACUGCAGUAGCUUCAGUGAUGUACAUCGUGGUUCCUCAAAUGAUAAAUCCGUUCAUCUACAGCCUCAGGAAUAGGGACAUGAAAAGGGCCUUUAAGAAAAUAAUUAAUAGGAUACCUACAUCUUUAAUGAUGUCACCUGCUUUUUACUUGUUUUUAUUGAAUGAAUCAAAGUGA